AUGUCCAAAGACGAACUUCGCAUCUUCACGCCGAUUGGCAUGCUGGGCUAUGGGUUCAGCGAGGCUAUAUUUUGGUCAACUAUGGCUGAAGGAGUCGAUGCUGUGAUUCUAGACGCAGGCUCAACUGACAGUGGACCGUCCAAACUGGCUUUGGGGAAAUCAACUGGUACGCGUCAGGCCUACGAACGAGACCUUGGUGUUUUGGUCGCGGGUUGUCAUGUCUACCGAAAACCUCUUCUUAUCGGUUCAGCAGGCGGAGAUGGCUCCACAAGAGGCGUCGGCAUGUUCGUCGACAUAAUCAAAGAAGUUAUUCUAAAGGAAGGCUAUCGAACUAUGAAAGUCGUCAGCAUCGAGGCGGAGAUCAGCAAAAGCGUGAUCCGAGACCACUACAAGAAUGGUCUCAUACACCCCUGCGGGAACGCGGUGCCGGAGUUGGAACCUCAAGAUAUCAAUGAUGCGACCCGGAUCGUGGCCCAGAUGGGCAUUGAGCCGUGGCUGAAGGCCAUGAGGGAACACCCGGAUUUUGAUAUUAUCGUCGGAGGCAGAUCUUAUGAUCCUUCCCCGUACGCAGCAUUCUGCGUAUAUCAUGGAAUCACAGAUCUGGGAGUUGCUUACCACAUGGGGAAGAUCAUGGAGUGCGGUGCUCUAUGCUCGGUUCCCAAGAGCAGAGAAGCUCUGGCUAUUGUGCGCAAAGACAGCUUCGAUAUCCGGGCCUUGGAUCCUCCGUCCCGUUGCACGGCAGUCUCCGUGGCCUCCCACACUCUAUACGAGAAGACGCGUCCAGAUAUUCUGACCGGGCCUGGGGGUGAUCUUUAUCUCGAGAAUACUGAGUAUGAAGAGCUUCCGGAUCAACGAACAGUCCGUGUCCGCGGUGCCAAAUUCGUUUCCGUCAAAGAAGGGGAAUAUACCAUCAAGCUGGAGGCUGCACGGCAGAAUGGCUAUCACUCCAUGUUCAUUGGCGGGUUUACUGAUCGCAUCCUGAUCAACCAAAUUGACGACUUCUUAUCGCGCGCCAAACGCGCCGUCCGAGAGUAUUGCUCUUUUCCAUUCGAGCUGGAGUUCCGUGUUUACGGCCGAAAUGGCACCAGUGUCUGUGGGGAAGGUAUCAGUGCUUUAGCCCAGCCCAUAAUGCCUAAUGAGGUCGGAAUUUGUGGCCAUGCAAGGGCCAACACACAAGAAGAGGCUACUCACGUUGCUCACACGGCCCGAGUCUUCUGUAUGCAUGCCUCCUACUCCAAUCAACGGGCUACGGCAGGAAAUUUUGCACUGCCUUUUGCGCCGUUUGAAAUCCCGUUGGGUCCGGUAUGUGAGUUCUGCAUCUAUCACACGAUGGUGGUCAACGACCCUACCGAGUCCUUUCCAAUCCAUGAGCAGCUUCUCCACGGAGAGAACACGGCGGCUGCAACUAUACCGAAGGUCAAGAUUGGAGCAGAAUUGAAUGAAAGAGAACCAAAUCCGGCAACGGAGCAAAAUGACACUCUCCAUGAGGAAUCUGUUGAACCUGUCAGUUGCUAUACAGCAAAUGGCUGUCAGUCAGUUUCGGUGCUGGGUAAUAUAACACCUCCAGCGCCCGGCCAUAUCUUCCUGGCCGAUCUGGCCAAGGUUAUCCGCAGUAAAAACGCGGGUCCAUACGAGUUGACAUUAGAUGUGAUGUUCCACGAUAUUGAAUCUGUUACCAAAGUGAAGCAAACCAACAUCCUCACUAGAUCCACCAUGGCGAACUUGUACGGAGUUCCUGAAGAUGACGUCGUCGCUUGUCUCUGGUGGCACCCAGCUCUCGCGUUCAAAGCGACGAUCAAGAGGCCGAUGAUUGGCCAGGGUCAUGAGUUGCUUCAGUGA